AUUCUAUUAUCUUUGUGAAUCCAACAGAACUCUAUACCUCAUGUUGUUCCUCCCAAGAUGGGUCCAGAGGUGGCGCAAAAAGGCUCGACGUGUCGAGCAAAUAAAGGCACGCGAAUCCUUGAUCGAACAGAACUCUAUACCUGAUGUUAUUCCUCCCAAGUUAGACCCAGAGACGGCAACAAGAAGCUCGACGCAUCAAGCAGACAAAGGCACGAGAAUACAGGAGAAACAGAACAAUCGGCAGGUUCAACCUCUCAUAGUCCCCUUGAAAGAGCUGCAGCGUGGAAUGGAUCCUCUCAUAGCCGUACAGGUUUACAAUAAUCGCUUCUGUCACCUUACUAGGUUACCAGAAGAGAUCCUUCUGAUGAUAUGCUACUUUCUGUGCGACGAUGCGGUUACCUUACUAUGCCUCCGGAUAGUGUCGAGGGUGUUUCUUCGCAUCCUCAACCGACAAUCAAUGAUCUGGAGAGGGCCAUGGCAUCAGGAAAAUUUCGAGCAUGACUACGGUGAUCCAUUUUAUCUACGCAGUGGUCCUCGACUGCAACUUCGACUGCAACUUCGACUGCGCCUACGGAGAGAUGGGAGGUGCAACAACUGCAGGCGUUGGAACGACGCCCAUAGUAAGCGGCUGUGGGAUGAUUGUAAAUUUCAGCAAGAUUUCUUCCGGUCUCCCCUUUCAUCGCUCUACUGCUAUGCCUGCAAAGUCUCACACGACAGAUCCCAAUUUGCUUCUGCCUACCAGGGCUCCACGUUGAAUGAACGAGAGACACAGUGUCUGGGCCAUCAGGGAUCAGUGCAAGUGUGUAAGCAUAUUCAUAUCACCUGGGCUAGUAUCAAGGCCCAUAUCGAUGACUGGCGUCAGAAGCAGCCGCAGCAUGGAGGUGAUUGGCAAGCCUGCCUCAGCAGCUUCAAAAUUGAAUGUCAUGAUGCCAUCCACGACACGCGCUGCACAGGAUCAGAAGAGCCGACCUGGCCUCGAGCCAGUCUCAGAACCGCUGAGUUCAGGUCGAGUAACGUGGUUCUCAAGCUGGAAUGGAGACCCCACAGCCGUCUUGACGCGCUUUCUCUCACGGUAGACGGCCGAAUGCUUGCGGAAGAGCUCAGGACACUAUUCUAUCGGCUUCGAAGUUUAGGACCGGCCGAUACCUUAUAUCCUCCAUGCCAUUGGCGUUCUCCACCGGAGUUAGCUCUAUUCAGGCCACCGAGGUCCAGUAUAACAGGACACUUUACUGCCCACAAGACAGGAGAAGACGAUGCGCUAGAACCUUUCACCGCAUUACUUCUAUCGCUCCCUCUACGUAAAGGUCGGCUGUACAAUGGCUAUGGAUAUGGGGCAAAUGGUAGGAGGCUAGAAAUCAGACCUCAUCAACCUGCGGAUGCUGGCGGCACUAGCAUCUCCUCACAGUGUCUUAUCGUCACGUACGAAAGAGACAUUCUGAUCUGUACGACGAUUGCAAUGGAGAUGCCUGCUACGAAAAUAGUCCCUACCCACAGCUGGCUUCAUGCCAUGGACCCUCGAACAUACGCGCACCCACAGGCAGAUAUUAUCAGGCCAGAUUGCAAGGACGCUACCUGCUUCAACUACUACCUCAGGCAAAAACUUUACUUUCGUUGCCAUAUCGGAUCCAGCGCUUAGUCUUUAUUGUUCAAACAGUGUUUCCUCUCAUACAACACACUGCUAAUUAGUAUUCUUAUUUAAAAUGGUCUGUAAGUCGUAAAGGGCCUUGAAAGGAGCUUGCGCAUACGUAGG